AUGCUAGCGGUCGUCUGGGGUGCGGAGCAUUUCCAUCUGUACCUUACAAAACAUUACAUCAAUCGUCACCCAUGUAGUAAUGAGACGUCUGACAGAGUUGAAGAAUACAUCAACUACAUAGCGCACAAUGCUGUGCCAAAGGCGCUAUCUACAGAUGAAAUAUGCAGUACCAUCGAAAGCGACCCGACAUAUCAGGCUGUCAGCAAUGCUGUAAAAACAAACAACUGGAGAUCCUCCUUGACAGCCCAGUAUCACAAAAUCAAAGAUUUUCUCCGAGGUACCCGCCUUGUGAUCCCAACAAAUUUGCAACAAAGAGCUGUCCACCUGGCUCAUGCCGGACACCAGGGCAUUGUCCGAACAAAGCGCCUCCUACGAGACAAGGUUUGGUUUCCAGGCAUCGACAAGCUGGCUGAAGAAUCUGUAAAGAAAUGUCUUGCUUGCCAAGCAUGCACCACUGCCAAACAUCUAGAACCGAUGCAAAAUAGCAGACUCCCAGCAGAGCCAUGGAGCGAAGUGUCAAUUGAUUUUCCGAGUGGUCUUCCCAACAACACUUACCUACUUGUCAUCAUGGAUGAUUACAGCAAAUUUCCAGAAGUGGAAAUAGUGAACUCCACAUCAGCAAAAGCCGUGUUGCCAAAAGUGGAUGCUGUGUUCGCCCGACACGUGAUCCCAGCCAUUUUGAAAUCGGACAACGGACCUCCCUUCAGUAGCGAAGACUUUUGUAAGUACGCUCAACAUUCCGGUUUCGUUCACCGUAAGCUUACGCCACUGUGGCCCCAGGCCAAUGGGGAGAUUGAGCACUUCUGGGACCUCUGA